GCUGUGGCGGCGGCGGCGGCGGCGGCAGUGUGUGGCAGGCAGCUGUUCGUUGUGGAUCGACACGCGGCGCGGUGGUGGCGGCGGCGGCGGCGGCGGAGCUUGUAGCGAGACCCAGGCAGGCAGAGGCGCCCACGCCCGUCAUGUGAGGCCCGCCACACCCGGCCCACGCCUCCACGCCCACGCCAGCUGCAGCACACGCCCGCGCCCCACCCACGCCCGCCCACACGGCCCAGCCACCACCAGCGCCAGCGGCCGCGGCGGCAUGGCGGCGACCGGCGGGCCCCGCGAGCAGGGCCCCGCGCCGCCCCGCCCCCCCUGAGGCCGGCCAUGCCCCGCCACGCACCCCUGGCACCCCCGGGGGCACCGCCGCACCCCGGCUGACACGGAGCCGCCCCCACAGUGCCCCGGCCGAGGCACUGCUUUGAUCCCCGAACCGCGUGUGUGUGUGUGUGUGCGUGUGUGUGUGUGCACCUCGCCGUGUGUGCCAGUGUGUACCUGUGUGUCCGCGGCCCAACGCAUGCAGCCACGCCCCCGCCCGAGGCUGUAGGCCCACCCCGGACCCUGGUGUGGGCGGGGCGGGCGGGGCGCGGCCCAAACCUCACAAACACCCGUGGAAGGUAACCCAAGGAACCCCAGACACCAACACCCUCGAACCAACCCAAAAACGACCCCAAAACGACCCCUCAGGAACCACCCCCAACAAUCUCCGACCCCGAACGACCCCCAGCAGCCCCCCGGAGCAGCCCCAUGUCAGGCCGGCGUAUGUGGGGCCUGGGCGGGAAGCGACUGAGCAGUGACGGCGGCCGAGUCCGUUACUCCUCCUGUCGACCCGCCUCGCAAGACGACCUGGAGGACAUCGCGGUAGUGUUCCACGCCGACCCGGGCCAGGUCAAGUACGGGUCAGGCCCCAUCACCGCCAACGGGCCGAGGGUCAUACCAGGUAUCAUAAGAACUCAGCGCAGUGUCUCCGGCGGGCGCCUCAACACGGGGUCACCUCUGUACCUCGAGAAGGCCAGCCCCGCACCGGUCCCCUCCGCGCCGCUCAAGGGGAAAUCCCUCUCACGACAAUCCCUCAUCGACGUGUUCAGUUCGCGUAUCAGCAUCGGAAGCCGGAAGCGGUUUUCUCGAGACUCGUUCAGUGCGUCGUAUGUCAACCGGACUCAGGUGGCGUCCGAACUUGAUGUCAGUAAGAAAACCCGGGAAGCCAGGCGGAAAAAGAUCAAGAACUUCAAGGUCGACAAGUGGGAAUCGAGCACCAGCAGCAGUGACCGUCGGCAAGGCUGCAGAUGGACCUUCGUUUUUGACCCAGCUGGUCGGCUUUGUUACUACUGGUCGUUGAUCGUGUCGCUAGCGUUCCUGUACAAUCUCUGGGUCAUGGUGUAUCGGUUUGCCUUCCAGGAGAUCACCGGGGAGUCCAUCCUGGUCUGGUUCGCCCUGGACUAUUUCGCGGACCUGAUCUACGUGGUGGAUAUCCUGUUCCACUUCAGGACGGGGUAUCUUGAGGAUGGAGUGCUUCAGACGGACUCGAGAAAGCUCAGACAACACUAUAUGAAUUCGACGACUUUUUACGUGGAUUGCUUGUGUUUACUGCCGCUGGAUAUCCUAUACUUGUCCAUCGGCUUCAAGUCCAUCCUUCGGUGCUUUCGCCUAGUCAAAAUCUAUAAGUAUUGGCAUUUUCUAGACCGCACGGAGCGCCACACAAACUCCCCAAAUCUCUUCCGAUCCGUGUCGCUAAUCCACUAUCUCCUCGUUAUCUUUCACUGGAACGCGUGUCUUUUCCAUAUCAUCGCGCGGAACGACGGAUUCACGUUCAGACCGCACUUUCUCAGCACGAACGGGGCGGACGGGGUCGUUCUUGAGUAUCUACGGGUCUUCUAUUGGUGUACCUUGUCGCUAACCACAAUAGGAGGGUCCCCGCUUCACGACGCGACCCCAGCUGCCCCGCCGCCCUUGCACCAUUCCCCAGGGACGCCCCCCACUGUCACAUCACCCCAGGACAGUCACAAUGGAACUCAGGAUGCCCCGACCGCCGCCGCCGCCGCUGCUGCUCUGAAUUCAAGAACCAAGACGGACUAUCUGUAUAAUAUUGCGCAGUUGAUGUUCGGUCUUCUGCUAUUCGCGACGGUCCUGGGACACAUCGCGAACAUCGUAACGAAUGUCUCAGCUGCGAGGAAGGAGUUUCAAGCCAAAUUGGACGGUGUUAAGACUUACAUGAGGAUGCGAAGAGUUCCCGCCCAUCUCCAAGCCAAAGUGAUUAAGUGGUUUGACUACUUAUGGCUAACGCAGAAGUGUUCGGACGAGGAGAGGGCCGUCAGCUGUUUGCCCGAUAAACUCAAGGCAGAGAUGGCUAUUCAUGUUCAUCUUGAUACCUUGAAACGGGUUGAGAUCUUCCAAAAUACGGAGGCCGGAUUUCUCUGCGAGCUGGUUCUACACCUUCGCCCUGUCCUCUUCUCUCCGGGGGACUACAUCUGCAGGAAGGGUGAGGUCGGCAAGGAAAUGU